CUUUCGGCGGUUGGUCUCGCGGUAAGAUAUCCUAUCAACCUCCUGUCCGUUCUGAAGAUGACAAAGUGACUUAUGAGAGGAGAAGUAUCGAAGUGGAGAGAAGGCGCCAGAGUUCAAGACCUAAUCAUGGCCACGCACGUGUUGAUGAUUUUACCAACUAUGCAACGCGCACAGAUGACUUUGAUCCAAACAUAACCGGUGCUAGACCUAAAACCUCUCCCCGCUUACAGAGGGAUCGUCAUGAGCAAACUAUCAAUAGGGGAGGUUAUAAGCAACAACGAGCAAUAAAAGGUCGCGGUGAUUCAACUCAACAGAAAGAAGAGGUGUCGUUUCAGAAAUCUGCCGAGCCAACUCGAAAGAGGCAUUCGUACGGACAAACGUUUCAGUACCGUGGGGGAUUCAGAAGAUUUGAUGCGGGCAACAACAGAGGACGGUCAACACACUAUAAGCUUGAGGCACGAGAUGGAGCAGAUAGAGAGAGUUACCAACCGUACCGUAGAGGUCCUCUCGUGCACCACAGAAGCGAAACAGCACGUCUUGAUGGAGUCUACCCGGGGACGAAGACCAGAAAUGCACCUGAUGAUCAGUCUGAGACCACACAUCAAAUGCAAAGCAUACCAUUUGUCAUGGAUACAGAGAGACAAGAAGAUAGGAACAAAAAUGCACCGACCUGUGACACUUCAGCCACAAGCUCAGCUAAUGGUCACAUAGCUGAAUUGCAGCCAAAACUGGACACCACUGUACAAGGGAGUAUCCCUGCAGAGCCAUACCAAGUCAAGCCUAAGACUAAGACGCUCCCAUUCACUGAGAAGCAACUGCAGAAGUUCUUGGAAGGAAAACCCUCCGUUGUCCUCUCUGAACUUGUGGAAAAGAAAGAUGAAUGCAUGGCGUUAUUAAAUCAAGACCAAAUCAGUGACAAUACAUUGCAAUUAAUACUACAGGUUCUAUCAAUCUUGUGCUCCUUAGAUCCUGUGUCAGCGCACAUUGAAGAAUUAAACGUGGUACUGACCAUGGUUGAGUCCUCGUUGUUUUUUAGUAAACACCUGACGAGGGUUUUGGUUUGUUUACCGAUCGAGGAACCUAGUGAAAUCGACGGCGAGAAUGACAACGAUGUUCAUAUGCUUGGUAUGGUUGUGAAAUUACUUCGGUUAUUCCUGCAGAACAAGCCGAGUAGCUACUCUGAAGUAGGCGGGGCUUUGAUUCUUUUGGAGAAGGUUGUAACGUCAGAAUGCCUUAUGGUAGACCUUCAGCAAUUGAAGAUUAGCUACCACGCAGUGGAACAGGCUCAGCGAACAGCAAAGGAGCGCGCCUCGGAGAAACCGCCACCAAACAACUUCAGAGAUAUCCCAAUCUUCCCGGAGAGCAGGGAGAUACGGCAAGUCACAAAACCAUUCCUGAGAAAGAACAUCAUCAAAGGCACAUACGAGAACGUUGAACACUACCUUGAUGUUCAGUUCCGGUUGUUGAGGGAGGAUUUUGUGGCACCUCUACGGGAAGGUGUAACUGAGUUCCUUUUAGAUACCAGUAGCCGUCUUCAAGACAUCCGCAUCUACAACAAUGUCCGUAUUCUGAAUCGUAAGAUGGGUUACAGCAGUUUGAUUCACACAUUGGCCUUUGACACGAAGCCUUUCCAACGUUACCACUGGGAAUCAAGUAAGCGUUUACUGUAUGGUUCUUUUGUCUGUCUCACAAAAGAUAAAUUCCAGCACAUUAUUUGUGCAACGGUGGAGAACAGAGACGUUAAGGCUUUAGUCUGUGGUAGAGUUGAUGUUCGCUUCCUGAAUGAGACUCGUAAUCUGUUGGAAGGUCCAUACAUUAUGGCAGAGUCAGCAGCUUAUUUUGAGGCAUGUCGCCCCGUGCUUGAGGGGCUCCAGCAGAUUAACGAACACAAUUUUCCUUUCAAGAAAUAUAUGGUAGAUGUGGCUUCCACUGUUGACCCACCAGCAUACCUCAAUGCUAGUCGUCCGUCUGAAAAGGACCUAAGUGAUGAGGAUUCUGUCACGUAUGACCUUACGAUACUUGAUAAGAAGUCAAGUAAGGCGACUGAAAUCCCGGUUCUGAAGAUGGAAUCCUGGCCAAGUGCAGAAGACUUGCAUCUUGAUGAGUCACAGAAAGCUGCUCUGCAAACAGCAUUGGCGAAGGAGUUCGCAAUUAUUCAAGGCCCGCCCGGGACAGGAAAGACCUACAUUGGCCUUAAGAUUGUACAGCUUCUCCUUCACAACAUGUCUCAUCCUCGACUGGAUGAAGGGAUGCAAGUUCGAGGUGGUGCUCCGCCCCAGGCGCCCAUUCUAGUAGUAUGUUAUACGAACCAUGCUCUGGACCAAUUUCUAGAAGGAAUCCAUCACUUUGGUGAACGCCGGAUAAUUCGCGUUGGAGGUCGAAGUAAUAGUGAGUUGCUACGAGACAGGAACCUUUCUUACAUAAGACAGAAUAGAAGAAAGGAAAAGCGCACAUGUCCACGUGAAGUUGGAACUGUUUUGAGACAACUACGGGAGGGUGAUGAGAUAAUUCGACGUCUACUUCUCAAGAUGGAACUGCCAACGAAGGUCCUACUAAACGUCAAGGCCUUGCGAGAAUACAUGACCUGUUCAGAAUACGAAGCUCUCUUACUACAACAUCGACGAGACAAUGCAUCUGAAGAAGAUCCACAGAAGUUGUUAAACUGGCUUAGUAUCAUUGAAGAGAGAAACGAUCAAACCAUUAAAGACGAGAUCUUUCACGAAAAUGCAGCGUACGAUCUGCGAUGCACUAAACGCUGUGGUAAAAACCGUGAUGUGGAUCCGGUCAAGGAGCUUCAAAAGCCUGAAGUGAUGACUGAUGAGAAGGCUAACACCGUUGAACGUGUCUGGUCUCUAAAGAUCCUAGAUCGAUGGCGUCUAUACAGAUUAUGGGUCAAGAGGUAUUUGGAAGAUCACAAAGUGGAACUUCAAAGGCAACGCCAGAUUCAUGAUGACCUAUCAAAGCAGUUACAAGCUUUAAAUUUGCAGAAAGGUGUUUUUCGAGGGAGAGGCAGAGGACGGAGGGGUUGGAAAGAUCCAAGAGAAGUAGAAAUGCACCUGCAAGCUACAACUGAGGCAAUUACAUUUUUGCUUCUAAAAAUUGAACUGCCUACCAAGGUCCUCUUGAACGUUUGGGCACUACAAAGGUACAUGAGUCGUUCGGAAUACGGAGCUCUUUUGAUACAACGCCAGCGAGGUCAGGAACCUCAAGAAGAUCAGCAGAAGCUCUUGAACUGGCUGGACGUCAUUGAAGCAAAUGAGAAUAUCCAGGUAGAUGAUGAGGGACGACGGAUUCAGUUGGAGCGUCAGGUCGACGAUAUGGACGACUUAGACAUUACUAAUGAAAAACGUCAAAUAACCAUUGAGCAGCAGACUUAUCGUGAAAACGCUGCGUAUGGUUUGAAAUGCAACAAACGUUGUGGCAAAAAUCGUGAUGUGGAGCCAAUUGUGGAGCUUCAAAAGCCUGAUGUGAUGACGGAAGGGGAAGCCGCAGGUGUGGAACGUGUCUGGUCUCUCAAAAUAUGGAAUCGCUGGCGUUUGUACAGAUUUUGGGUCAAGAGAUAUUUGAGGGAUCACGAGGCAAAACUCCAAGAGCAACGCCAGGUGCAUGAUAACCUGUUAAAAACGUUACAAUCUAUGAAUGGAGAGGAAGAUCUUGAAAUUCUUCAAAAGGCGAAGGUUAUCGGAAUGACGACCACUGGGGCAGCAAAAUGUCGGGCCGUGUUGCAGCGUCUUUGUCCCAGUAUUGUAGUAGUGGAGGAGGCUGCUGAGGUUCUUGAGGCUCACAUUAUCACCAGCCUGACUGAAAAAUGUCAGCAUCUCAUUCUGAUCGGAGACCAUCAGCAGUUGAAGCCAAACCCAACUGUCUACCGCCUGGCGAAGCAGUUCAACUUGGAUACCUCUCUGUUUGAGAGAAUGAUCAACAAUGGUAUGCCUUGUCGAUCGCUCACUCACCAACACCGAAUGAGGCCUGAAAUAUCCAAGUUGAUGAAGAAAUACUUCUACAAGAAUCUCUACGACGACCAAUCCGUUUUGAAAAUGGACAACGUCAAGGGAGUGGCGCAUAACAUGUUCUUCAUCGAUCAUCAACACCUUGAAAGUCAAAGUGGCGACAGCAAAACUAAAUCCAAUCAAUACGAAGCUGAGGUUCUUGUUGGAUUAUGCAAAUACUUAUUACAACAGGGCUACGAUAACUCUCAGAUCACCAUACUCACUGCUUACACAGGACAAAUGUUCUGCUUCAGGCGUCUUAUGGAUAAAGCAACCUUUGAAGGGGUUAGAGUUUGUGUUGUAGACAAUUUCCAAGGAGAAGAGAAUGACAUCAUACUUUUGUCUCUGGUACGAAGCAACGAGGAAGAAUCCAUCGGGUUUCUGCGCACUAAGAAUCGCGUCUGUGUUGCGCUGUCCAGGGCUCGGAUGGGUUUUUACUGCAUGGGCAACGGGAGCAUCUUGAAGAAGGCACAUAUUUGGCAGGACAUCUUUACUACCCUGGAGGCUGACAAUCGGAUCGGGGCCUCAUUGCCAUUGGUCUGCCGAAAUCAUCCCAACAAAAUCACACAGGUCACCUCGAAGGAGGAUUUCAUGGAAAAGGUUCCUCUUGGGGGUUGUGAUGUACCUUGUGAUGUCAGGCUUCCAUGUGGUCAUGUUUGUGCUUUACUGUGUCAUGCCUUUGACACUGACCAUGAGGAAUACACGUGUGAAAAGCCAUGCGUUAGAAAAUGCGAGCGACAACAUCCAUGUCCGCUUGAAUGCCACGAAGAGUGUAAAUGUCCCGUGGAACUUACCAAAACGAUGUCUGAUUGCGGUCACGUGAUCCAAGUUUCCUGUCAUGAAUAUGAUAGUAUCACAUGUCCUAAGCCGUGUCCAAGGUUCUGCCAUGAUAGUCAGCAUCAGUGUCGAAAACUGUGCUGUGAAAUCUGCCUGGAGAACUGUCCUGAAAAGUGCAAGAGAACGCUGCCAUGUGGCCACUCAUGUAGAAAUGCUUGCGGUGAUCUAUGUACUCGGUAUUGUAAAGUUCGAGUAGACAGGACACUGACCAAGUGUGGCCAUACUGUUCGCAUGGAUUGUGGCGCAAAACCAGAUAAGAAGAAGUUGGCUGAAAUGUUGUACAUGUACUUACCUUCAAUAGACGAUCCGUACACGUGCAAGGAAAGAUGUGAGAAGAUGCUUGAGUGUGGGCAUAGGUGUCCAAAUGUCUGUGGUAUACCUUGUAAGUUACCGUCACACUACCGUUAUCGAUUUAGAAUGAAUGUCAAAACAUGCGACGAACCUGUGGAAAGGACCUACACAUCUUGUGGCCACCGCGUGACGGUUCCCUGCCACAAGGACAUUUCGGAUGUGCCGUGCUCUGAUCAAUGCGAAAAGUUGUUGUCUUGCGGUCAUCGCUGUCCAAGGAAAUGCUGUGAAAAAUGUCCGCCAGAAAAUACAAAAAGCCUGACCAUUUUCAAGAAACUUCUUGAAUCCCCUUUGACAGCGAGGCGUUUCUAUUUUAGGGAAAAUUCCGAGGAAAGUUCCGAGGAAAGUUCCGACUGCGAUGAAGACGAAGAAAUUUUUUUAAACAGUUUUCUUGGAGACCAGAGGGAUGUAAGCGGGUACUUUAGGUCAUUGUGUCAGGAGAAGUGCCAGAAGGAACUUGAUUGUGGGCAUAAAUGUCCUAAUAAAUGUGGUGAACCCUGUCCACCUGUAAAAUCAGACGCUAUAAGGAAGUACUCGUGGGGCAUUAAGACUGAGUGUCGAGUAGGGGUGAAAAAGAAGCUUCCGGGCUGUGAUCACUACGUAAGCGUUCGCUGUUCCAUGGAUGUCAGUUCGUUCAUGUGCACAGAGAUAUGUGAGAAGGUGCUUCCAUGCGGCCAUCGCUGUCCAAGGAAAUGCAGUGAAGUUUGCCCGAAGAGACAACGGGAUGACGAAACCUUUCUCAAGGGUGUUCUUGGGCACCCGAGGGAUGUCAGGGCGUACCUUUUGUCAGUGUGUCAGGAGAAGUGUCAAAGGGAACUGGCUUGCGGACACAACUGUCCAAAUAAAUGUGGUGAACCCUGUCCACCGGUAAAAUCACAAAAAAUACGGAAGUCGCCGUGGGGCAUUAAGACCAAGUGUCAAGAAGAGGUGAAAAAGAAGCUUCCGGGCUGUGAUCACGACGUGAGCGUUCGCUGUUCCGCGGAUGUCAGUUCGUUCGUCUGCACAGAGAAAUGUGAGAAGGUGCUUCCGUGCGGUCACCCAUGUCCAAAUAAAUGCAUCGAGCCAUGCCCUGGGGAUAGGACCUUUAAGUUGAGAGCCACGAAAGGUUCCAAAAAUUACAGAAAACGUACAGGCCCACGAGAAAGAUGCGAAGUUGUGGUCCAGAAAGCUCCACCAUGCGGUCACAAGACUAAAUCCAUGCCUUGCUGGAAGGCAGAGUCUUCUGCUCAUAUACCGUGUAAUUUUCCAUGCGGUGCUGUACUUAAGUGUGGUCAUAGGUGCACUGGUAAUUGUGACAGCUGUAAGCAGGGAACACAACACCAACCGUGUCCUAAAGUAUGCAACAGGCAGCUCCUCUGUGGCCACAAUUGCACUGGCUCAUGUGGUGGCUGUUGCUCCCCAGAUUGUAGGAGAUGCCGUGAUGACUUGAGACAGGGUUCCAGUCAAGAUUUGACGUCAUCUUCACCUUGUAAACACAAUGUCACACAUCGAUACCUGAAGACGAAUGCAUGUUUCCGACCUUGCAACCAAAAACUGAAAUGCAAACAUCCCUGCAUUGGUGUGUGCGGUGAACCGUGCCCUCCUUUUUGCAAUGUCUGCGACAAAAAGAGUGUUCGAACCAAUUUACCCAAAGGACAGUUUCAUCCCAGGGAUAUGUACGUCUAUCUCCCAGACUGUAAGCACCCGUGUCAGGUGCAGUCCCUGGAUAGGACGGUUGCAGCUGUCAAGAACACCAUUGAUAAAGGCUGCUUUCAGAUUCGGUACGUCCUGUGUCCGAAAUGCAAGGAGCCAAUUCGCCAUUGUUCCCGUUAUGAUGGUGUUCUCCAGAUCAUGAGAGAGUCGAUAAAUACAGCCAGACAUAUUUGCCGUCAAAAUAGCAUAGCUUUGCAGAAGAAUGAUGGCGCUACGACACCCUUGUCAUUUACCGCGGGCAAAUGGAUGAGAUGUCGUCGAGGUCACGUUUUCCAUCUAGAGGAAGGCAGCAGCAAAGUAGGGGGAGGCCAGGAACCAAUUGCCUGCCCAGAGUGCUUAAAACAAAAGAGCAGUUAGACUUGUUGAUUUGACUAGAAUCUGAAACUGCGUCCUCAACGCAGUUAUCAAACGCCAAUCAAAGGUAGAAUUGGCUUGCGAUUAACUCCUUCACGUGAGGUAAUGUGCAGGAACCGUGGCAUUUGUGCGGGUUCAGUAUGCUCUCCGUCAUACCGGGAGAAUACUCUUGCACCGAGAGUAAUGCGCACGCAACAUUUUCCUGCACUCGGGAGUAGCAAGAGUAACACACUCGAACGCACCCCGAAAGAGUGGCGUGUGGCAGUCACGUGGUAUACAUACGCACGUGUGCGUGUAACAGGCGCAGAGUGCACCUGACCAAUUUUCAUUUUAUUACAACACUGUAUUACAUUGUGUUUAUUCACUGAAUAAUCAAUCAAUAAAACCAAAUUGUGCUCGGGUGUUUUUUGGCGCUAAUAAGUGAAAAUGGUGUAUACAAUAUAAUCAAUAUUAUAGUGAAAGCGUAGCGUAUUAGGCGUAUGAGCCUAGUUCUUUUUACCAGUACUUGUUUCUGAAAAGAUAUUCACACUAAGUUUCGUUUAAUUGAAUAUGCAGUAGCUCAUUUGUUUUUAAACUAGAUGAGAUUUGUAUGAGUAUUAGAUAUUUAGAAUCUAAUUCCGGAGUGUAAACGUUACUUAAUAUUUACUUGCAAAUUAAAACACAACAAAUGUACUAAGUAACAAUUGGGAUUUUAACUUAAGCGUUAAUAUUGGAAUAUCAACAAACUGUACCUAAGACUAUGUAAGUACGUUUGAACUUGUGUUGGCCGUAUAUUUGGUUUUACAGGAGAGUGUGCGUAGUCAGAUGUGUAAUAAUUACUGUGCUAACAGUCCUUUAUAUCGGUACGCCAGUGAAAGGCAACAGUAAUAUUAAAGGUCUUUUUCGUCCGAAGAUAGCCAAAAUGUACGUAUAUCCAGCAAUGGACAAAGCCCUGAAAUGAUGGGCCUAAUGUAAAUAUCAGACUGCACCCCAAAUGAUUCAAACAAGUAAAUUAUGACAUGUACUGUCGGGAAUCGGGUCCAUGGACAAUGAAAGGAGGUCAUUUCUCGAGCAGCGUUUUUCGUAUAUAGAUAUAUCUGAGACUGUUAAUUCAAGUCGAUGAUGUUGAUUUGGAGAAAUGGAAUGUAUUGUUAUUGUUACUUCGUUUGAAGCUGGAACAAUUAUUAAUACGUGUUUUAAUUUGAUAAGAAACUUUGGAAUUGAUUGCUACACGGCGUUUGUAUAUAUUUUCAAUUUUACUGUACACGGUGGUGCAAAAAGAAGGAAACCCACUUUUCACAGCAAUUUUCACCUAGGCCUACUUGUUGAGCAUAUUUCCAAAAUUCAAUUUGAUGGUAUUAAAAUAUUGAUCUUUUACUUACAUUCAUUAUAUUACAGAUUAUAACAAUUUAUAUUCUUGAGAAAACUGCUGUAGACAGGCAUUAUAACUGUGUAUCCCUUUCUUGACAUAGUGAAAUGUAUGGAUUUCAUGACAUAUAAAUAAAAGAUACAAAUGAUUUAUAAUAUACUUCAUAUACUUGGAACACAACAUAAAUUACACAAUAGGUUUGAGUUAUUGUAUCCAGUAGAUUAUUUGCGUAUUUUAAUAUCGUUUCAAGUUUAUGUUUAAUGUUCAUUGUCAAGUGGGGCCUCAUUGUGAUCCCUGUUUACCUUCACAUCACGCAACAGAAUAAUAUCUGACACAUGGGCGUCGCCAGGAUUUUUUUCCAAGGGG